AUGGCGUACCGAGCCGACGGAGGCGCCCGCGCGCCCGUGCGGCGUCAGGCCGAGAGCAACUACUUGGACGUCGACCGCGAGCAGGCGCUGCGUCGCCUUGAGAGUUUCCACGCGUCCGCGCGCGGCCCAUUCGAGCUUUUGCAGACCAAGUUCGGCUUCCAGCGCAGUAGUGUAUCCAAUCAGAAAGAGAACCUGGGCUGCUGGAUCACCAAUUACCAGAUGCGCGUGCGCGCCGAGGCCCCGCAGGGCGCCGCUGAGAGCGUCGACUUUGUGACUCGCUCGGCGCUCACACGCGUGCACAAAAAGUUUUUCCGCAACUAUGUGGCAUGGUGCAAGUUUUUGCGUACGGCGCCGCGCUGCUCGGACCCGGAGAAGGAAAACACGUCGAGAAUGGAGAAGGAGCUGGCGCUGUUUCUGCUACUUUGGGGCGAGGCCGGCAACUUGCGCUUCAUGCCCGAGUGCAUCUGUUUCCUGUACCACAAUAUGGCUGCAAAACUCGAGUUUUUGGCGACUUUGCCAGAUGUGGACGAUGGAUUUUAUCUAAACGAAAUUGUGCGGCCAGUGUACAAUGUAAUUGCGCAAAUGCGCUUGGCAACUGCCCCGAAAGGCCAGCGACCGUUCGACCACCAAGAUACCACAAACUACGAUGACGUCAACGAGUUUUUCUGGACCAAUUUGUGUCUGGAAUGUGACGAAAUGAACGUGGCAAAGAUGCUGGAGGUGCAAGACCACAAGACGUUCAAGGAGAAACGCAGCGUGUUCAACCCCGUGCUGGCGUUCUUCCGCGUCUGGUACUUUCUCGUCGUGGUGUUCCACACGAUGGUCGUCAUCUCGUACGUUUCCUACAUGGCCGAGGGAGACGACAACGGCGGCUUGGGAUUCUUCUUCCGAGUCUUCUCCAGUGACCAAACCAAGAUUCGCGCACACGCUUUCUACACGAUUUUCUGCACAGUAAGCGGCCUAUUGGCCAUGAAGGUGGUGAUGCAGAUCUGGCUGUUUGGGCUGCGUCUGUACAAGGACAUGUGGAUGGCUGUAGGCGUCUUCUGUCGCUUGUUCUGGCACACGUUGUUCUUCGCUCUGUUUAUGGCAAUCAACUUCUCUCCGGACGAGUCCGCGCUCUUCGGCUCCAUGAGCAGCAUGUUGCCAGGUGGAGGCGAGGCCGGCACGUACCUGUCCAUGGGUCUAGUGUACAUCGUUAUCUACUGCAUCCCAGUGCUAACAGCUGCGACGAUCCGGGCGUUCUUCCCUAAUAUUAUUUGGGGAAUCCGCAUGAUUAAUGCACUGGACGGCACCAGUCGACAGUAUGUGGGACGCAACACGGCGCAACCGUGGGCCAACUACACGCAGUACAGUAUGUCGUGGUACAUGAUCUUCUUCUGCAAGUUUCUGUUCGCGCUGCAGUUCAUGAUUCGUCCUCUGAUGGCGCCGUCCCUCGAGAUCUACGACCUUGUGGUGGACGACGACGGAAUCUUCCAAUCAGGACACAACAUCAUGUUCAUCCUGGCCUUGUGGGCUCCUAUCUUCGUCGUGUACAUGUACGACACGCAGAUUUGGUUCAUUUUGUACCAAUCGAUCGUCGGGUUGGUCAUGGGCAAGCGGAUGCACCUCGGACACUACGUUGGCUUAGCUCAACUGAAGGUCGGCAUGGCCGCAGCCCCCAAGUUGUUCGACGACAAGGUCGUGUCUCUGAGGACCAAAAAACCAAGUCCGGAAGCCGUCACGCCGGUGCCUGGAGGCGGCGAGGGUGAGUUGCGUCACCGCGACGUUGUGCGUCUUCGCUUUGCGAUCAUCUGGAACCAAGUGGUGGACAAUUUCCGCCUGAACGACCUCCUAGAUGACCGCGAGACGGUGAUCCUGCAGUACCGUAUCUUGAACAAGGGAGAGCGCAUCCAGGAGCCGAUUUUCCUAUUGGCUGGCAAGUUGUCGAAGGCGAUUGAAGUGGCAGCUAAAAGUCGCUCCAACAAGUGGGAUAUUGCCACGUUAGUCAAGAACAUCGCGACGGCCGAUGCGUUAGAAGGCAUGAAGAACGGUAUGGAGCUAGUCCGCGACAUCUUUUACUUGUUAUUAGGCGAGGAGGAAGAAAAGGGAGCGCUGAGUGUGUUGGAGUACAUCUUCUCGUCUCCAGACGUCGUGAGCCUGCUGGACUUGACGUACUUGCCUCAGCUGUCGGACAAUAUGGUGGAGCUUCUCGCUGUGAUCCUGGACAUGCCAGAGGACAUUGCGUCCAUCGACGACUUGGCAACUGCGCCGGAAGAAUUGCGUAUGGAGCUGCACGUGCAAGUCUCUCAAGUUGUGGAUCGUCUACGUGCCAUCGCGUUGACAGUGGAGCUGAUGCUGAACGACGACGCCGUCUCGCGUAAGCUGCACAACUGCCGCUUCCUCCAGACCACAGCCGACUUGGAGUUCCAGGCGCAACAGCUCAUUUCUCUGUACAAGGCGGACGCUAUGACAGAGACAGGAUUGAUCGCUGUGCACCCGUGUGAGGGACCUGCUACUCCGCCGCCACGUUUCAACCCGGACGACUUUAUUUCCAGCUGCACACGCCUGUUCUUCCUGCUCCGAUUGGACGUCGCCAGCUCGCUCCCUCGCUGUGAAGACGCUAAGCGUCGUAUGGGCUUCUUCCUGCACUCGUUGUCGAUGGAAAUGCCGCGCGUGGACUCGAUGGAAGCCAUGCCGUCGUUCUCAGUCAUGACGCCGUAUUACUCGGAGACGGUGUUGUUCACUCUGGACGAACUGAACAACCCCGUGCACUCGAAUCCGCUGUUUUCUGAGCUGGAGAAGAAGCAGAAAGCCAAGGGAUGGACGGAGCUGACGAUCAUGAAGUAUCUUAUCACGUUCCACGCUGAAGAGUGGAGCAACUUUCUCGAGAGAAUGGGCGCUGGUUCGCUCGAAGAAGCUCUAGAUAUCAACGCCCAAGAAGUGCGUCUAUGGGCGUCUAUGCGAGGCCAGACUCUAGCACGUACUGUGCACGGGAUGAUGCUGUACGAAGACGCCAUCCGUCUUCUGCGCUGGCUCGAAGUGUACUCGCUUCGAGACAUGAGUAUCCAGGAGAAACUGGACGAGAUGAACCGCAUCUCAGCGCUCAAGUUCUCGUACAUCACGGGCUGUCAGAUCUACUCGAAACAAGUGGCCAAUGGCGACCCUCGUGCAGCCGAUAUCGACUAUCUGAUGAAGAAAUUCCCGAGUUGGCGAGUGAGUUUCGUGGAUUCAAUCACGGAGAAGGAUGGAGACGACCGCUUCGACUGUGUAUUGGUCAAAUCUGAAGGCGGAGAGAUCGUCGAAGUGUAUCGUUACGAACUGCCUGGCAACCCCAUCUUAGGCGAGGGAAAGCCCGAGAACCAGAACGUCGCGCUGCCCUUUACACGCGGAGAAUACCUGCAAACCAUCGAUAUGAACCAGGAACAUUACCUCGAGGAGUGUCUGAAGAUUCCCAACUUCCUGGCGACCGCGACACAAAGCGAAGAAGUGACUGUGAUCGGCAUGAAGGAGCACGUGUUCACCGGCCGUGCGUCGUCUCUAGCUCGCUUCAUGACGCUCCAGGAACUGGUAUUCGUGACGCUGACGCAGCGUGUUUUGGCCAAGCCGUUGCGCUCGCGUAUGCACUACGGACACCCAGAUGUGUUCGAGAAAUCGUUCGUCGUAACCAGCGGCGGAGUGUCCAAGGCUAGUAAAGGCAUCAACCUGUCGGAGGAUGUCUUCAGUGGCUACAACGUCACUCUUCGUGGCGGUCUGGUGACCCACGUCGAGUUCAUGCAGUGCGGCAAAGGCCGAGACGUGACGCUCAGUCAGAUCAACGCGUUCGAAGCCAAACUAUCCAACGGAUGCGCCGAGAGUUGCUUGAGUCGUGAAGGACAUCGCUUGACCAACUCGUUGGAUUUCUCUCGACUCAACUCGAUGUUUUACGGCCACUUCGGCUUCUACAUCUGCAACGCACUCACGGUCUUCUGCGUCUACGUGUACGCGUACUGCAAGCUGUACGUGGCGACGCAUUCCGAGGUGGAGACCACGGCCAUCAUGACGACUGGCAGUCUCAACUCGCUCGCUAGUGUCAUGACGACGCAGUAUCUUCUCCAGUUCGGUAUGCUGACGACGCUGCCUUUAUUCGCGACUUUAUUCGUGGAGUUCGGGAUCAAACAAGCGUCGCUCAAGGUGAUCGAGUUGAUCUCGACGCUAGGAAUCGUGUUUUACGUGUUUCUAACCGGCACGAAGGCGCAUUUCUACGACGUGGCGCUGAUCCGUGGCGGCUCCAAGUAUCGCGGCACGGGUCGUGGGUUCUCGAUCACUCGUGACCCGAUGGUGAAUUUCUUUAAAGAGUACGGCGUCUCGCACUUCCGCAAGGCUGUCGAGUUGAUCGGAGUGAUGGUCUUGUUUGGGAUCUACGGCUCCUUUGACAUCGGCUCGGACGCGCUGGAAGAAUACUGCGCUACUGCCGAUUUUGACUGUGAUAAAGACCCCGACCAGAUCCCGGCGAACAUCACGUCGCUUGCGGCGUUCAGCGAGAAAUCCCAGAGCUACGGGAUCGCGUCGUUCGCCGUGCUGUUCCUGGGUGCGUGCUGGCUGAUGGCUCCGUUCGUCUUCAACACAGACGGUCUGGUGCUGCAGAAAUCCAAGGUGGACAUCGCCAAUUGGUUCGCGUGGAUGAUGCGUUCGCAACACAAAGACGACGGGAACGAAGAAGAGACGGGCAAAAACGCCAGUAGCGCUGCGUUCCUGCACCCGAAAGACGGCUGGGACGACUGGUGGAAGUCUGACGUCGACUUGAUGCUGCCUCUGGGUCCCAUGGGGCGUCUCACGUACUGCAUUCGUGAACUGCGUCACCCUCUGGCCAUGUACUAUGUCUUUAUGACGGAGUUCGAUCUCGCGUGGUUCGCUCUACUGUUCGGAGCCAUGGGAGCCACAUGGGUGGUGCUCUGGUUCGGUAACCGAGUGCACCACUGUGUGUCUAAGCAUCGCAAGCUCAACUCGCUGUCUAUCCAAGGUAUCUUGUACAUGGUGUCUGUGAUUGGCGGUAUUCUCUUGGUCCCGUUGAUUCUUGGAGCUAUGGGCGGCUGGUCCGUGCACAAAUGCUUCACCUUCUCCAUCGCCAUGUUCUUAGGAUUCAACUCGAUCGUGCAGUACGCGCUGGCAUUCAACGGUGUGUUUGGUUUGGAAGUGGCGAUGUGGAGUCCCAUGAUGGCGUUGGGGUUCCUGAUGGACAUGAUUGUGGGUCUGUUCUUAGUGAUCCCGCUGUUCCUCCUGUCGCUGUUGCCGUUCAUGCGUAUUCUCCAAACGCGCGCGAUGUACAACGGUGGAUUCUCGCGUGCGUUGAGCUCUGGAUCGGAAGUGGCGGCGUCGCUCGUUAUCCUGCUUGGCGUGAUGGGAGGAUUCAUCCACGGCUUCAUGACGUCGUUCGUGUACACGCUGGGAUACAUCAACGACUCGAGCGAGAACUUUAUGAACCGAUCAUUUUACUACUUCGUCAUCAACAAGCUGCCGGACAAGGGAUCGGAGAUGCUGAACUACAUGGAAAACGGCUACUUAAAGAUGACGUGCGCUACAAUGAGCAUCGUCGCCGUGUUGUUGUCGCUACUGAUCGGACGCGUGCUCGGCCGACGCGUCAACAUGGCAAUUGGUGGCAGUUUGAUCUUCGUUUCGGUUGGUCUAAACUUCAUCCCAAGCACGGCGAUAAUUAUCGUAUCUUGUGGCUUGGCGGCGAUGGGAGCGGCUAUGAUGGCGAUGAAUUAUCUGCUCUGGAGCUUUGAGAUCUGUACGAAAGGCUGGCGUGGCAAGAGUGUGACGGUCUUCUUGAUGGGCUCAAUGAUCGGCUGGUUCGUGCACUCGCUGCUGAUGGCCAACACGAACGCCACGACCAUCUCGGAGGACUGGGACAACAAACCCACUAACAUGUGGCGCUUCCAGCCUUUGUUCGUGCAACCGGCGCUGAUCCUCGCUUUCUUCGGCAUCUUGUGGUUCGUGCCGGAAAGCCCCGUGUGGCUACUGGCACACAAGCAGGACGAGCCGGCGCGCGCCGUGCUCAUCCGUCUGCGUCGACGGCAGAACGUGACGCCCGAGAUGGACCUGAUCAAGGCCGAGCUGGUCCAGAAGACCAGACAGAACCAUCUCAUGUUCCGCUUGGCUAUCGUGUUCGCGCUCCAGGCGGUCUUCGGUCUCAUUAUGUCUCAGACGCUGUUGAUCCGUCGUACGCUCCAGGUGAACGCGGACGACAGCGGCAAUGCCAACAACUACUGGCAAGUGUACUUCGCGUUGUGCUGUGCUACGGGCUUCGCGUUCGGCAGCUUCUUGGUGGAUAAUGUGCGUCGCAAGACGAUCUUGAAGGAAUUUUUACCGUUCGUGGCGUUGAUGGCGUUCACGUGCGGCAUCAUUGGUGCCGUGUCGGAGGCAGACGGCGGGCUGGUGCAGGCUCUGCUGUGCUUGCUGUACAUCUCGGCCGGGUUGAGUCUCAUGAGUGUGGCGUGGCUGGCUCCACUGGAAAUGUUCCCGGCGUCGCGUCGUCCGCUGUACUGGACAUUGUCGCUGUGCGUGUUCUACCUGGUGCAGGUCGUCGUGUACUUCCUGGACCCGUCGUUCGCACUCGCGCACUUCAUUCUGUGCAUUUGUUGCAUCGUGCUCACGGCCGUGCUGUUCCUGUUCUGCGCCAGUACGAAACUGGGUGCAAUUCAGACCAAGGCCGAGAAGAAAUACCAGCGAUCCAUGCGCGAGUCGGCGCCCGAGAUGGCAGAGUCCAUGGACGUGCACGAAGACCAGGUGGACGACUUACACAAGCAACAGACGCGUAUCGCGCAGACGUCCGCGAUGAACCGGUCUGCCGGCGUCGCCGGCGCGUCGGCUGGCCAAGUCAACUUUGGCAUUUCGGGAGUCAGUCGUGUAGUCGGAUACAACGGCCCGCCGGCUAGUAGCGCGGCUUCACACGCGCGGAACAACGCGACGCAGUUCGGAUUCAGCGGCGUGAAUGUGGAUGAGAACGACGAGUCUGUUCGUCAGACGACGUCCGAAGCUAGAGAUCACUUCAGCUUCCACCGUCUUGAGAGUGGUGAGGAACCGGGUAACCCACGUAUGCUCCGUUAUGGACUGAGCACGGGGUUGAGCAGCGCUAACGAGAGCUCUCAGGCCUCGUCCACCGACAUGUCUGCCGCGGCUGCUGAGCAGCAACAUCUUGCCAAGCAACUGUCGUCCAGUUUCGACUUCGAGGCCGAGUUCGAGGAAGAGCACAUUGAUGAUUUGCGUCAAGGACAGGUUAGCUACCCGCGCGGCCAACCUCGCUCCGUUUCGUUCCUGCAGUCACAGCGGUAUCCUGACGCCGACGUGCACGCAGAGACCCAGUCCGUUCGGCUGUAG